AAUUAAUGGCUAUUUCACUGAUAUUUUAUUGCAUUUCAUCCUGAUUUCUUCAUUCUCGGAGUAAAACUGUUUGCCUUCAAGAACUUCAUGUUGACGCACAAAAACUUCGCUGAUUGUGCCACUAGCAUGCCUUCCGGAAAUUACAUGAACUCUUCCGCGAUGCCAGUGUCAAUGAACUAUCCCACCGCAACUUUUGGGGGCAGUUUGCUGUCCCAUCAAGGUUUGGGUGCUGUUGCUCCCCCGUGCAUGACCCAACCCAUGCCUCCCAUGGGGAGUAUAACAUCUCUAAAUCAAAACGGUGUUGGUUGUCCACCGGAUAUGCAAUCUUUGAUGCCUGCGGACUAUACUCUUCCCAAUUCAGUGGAUCAAAUCAAUAUGUCGAAUUUUGUAAUGGCACAAAAGAUGAAAAAUGACAGAGCGUUUCGGCGCUCCUAUAGUGCAUCUAAACCACCGUACUCAUACAUCUCGCUAAUAACCAUGGCCAUUAAUCAUAGUCCCCACAAAAUGCUGACACUAAGUGAGAUAUAUCAGUUCAUCGUCGAUCAGUUCCCAUAUUAUCGGCAAAACCAGCAAAGAUGGCAGAAUUCCAUAAGACACAGUUUAAGUUUCAACGAUUGCUUCGUGAAAGUACCAAGGACUCCAGACAAACCAGGGAAGGGAAGCUUCUGGAGUCUCCACCCUGAUUCCGUGAAUAUGUUCGAAAACGGGUGCUACCUCAGACGGCAAAAGAGGUUCAAGUGCGAUAAAAAGGAAGCCAUCAGGCAAACCCAAAAAAGCCACAAGAGAACCAACGAAUCUCCCACCAGGACUGAAAUCGAGGACCCUUUAAAGCUGAAUCGCAAAGAAUCAUCUCAGAAACCUGAUGAAAUACCUCAAUUGAUCCCAUCUGUCAUCAACCAUAUGCAGCUACCACCAAUCAGCGAAGCCUAUCCACAGAUGAGUCAAGCUCCUGUUGUCAGCACCAACAGCAUGUCCGAUAACCUCAAGAAUCGCAUGGAUUGCUGCAAGCAAGAGUUGAGUUAUCCAUCACUGAAAUAUGCAGAUUCCUGCGCGAUUCCUGAACCUCAAGAGGCUGGCAAUCCUCAAGACUGCAUGAAAACGUUCUCCAAUUACAUGAAUCUUCCACCUUUGAAAGUUGAACCUUGCAACUUUUCCGCAACCAAUCUCCCAUUCUCCAUCAAUAACAUUAUAUCUCAUGAUCCCAGGAUGGAUCCACGGAACUUUGACAUUCCAGCAACCCCGUACAGCACGUAUGGUACAAGCUAUCCAUCUAGUGAAAACAUGUCGUACUUCCACACGGCACCAUUCUAUACAGUGCCACAACCAGUGACAUCUGCUCUGUGAAUAAAUCAGCAAUCAAAUUAAAUGGUAAGAGCACAAAUGAUAUUACUUCUGUUGGGUAUUGUAUUUUUAGAGCAAUUUCUUGUUGUAUGUUUAAAUGCUGGUCACAAAUAAAAAUUUGCUCCAAAAUUGAAAAUAUCAAAAGUAUAAAUAAAAUUUUGCUGGCAAAGAACUGAAUUGUUAAAAAUUGGUAUUUUUCAAAUGUGAUCAAUGGAUGAAAUGUGAUUCUAAUGUGAAUGAAUUUUGAAUUUAGAGAA